CUAAUAUUCCAUGGCGGUGACAGAAGCCGGUUUUGGUCAGGGCAGCUGCCACUCCUUGUUACCGAAUCUGCUACUUUACUUCCUCAUUUUUGUUAAUAAAGCUCAUUUACCAGCGAGCCACAGUCUUAGUCAGAUGUAUUUUCUCAGCUGACAGCAUGCAUUUGAAAAACGUCUUCAUUUUCCUGCAACUUUGGUUUUCAGCAGAAGGUGCUUAUUAUGGCUAUUAUUUAGGCCACUGCCAGUUUAACUUUCAUGAUAGUCAAGGGGUUGUGUUCUUGGAGCAGUUGUUUUUCAACAAGUGUCUACUGGUCCAAUAUAACAGCACUUUGGGAAAAGUUGUAGGAUACACAAAGGAGGGAAUCAUUUUUGCAGACAUUCUCAACAAGAACCCAAGAUUCCAAAAACAUCAAAUAUGGAAAACAAACCGUUGCAAUGAUAUUGCACAUCUGUUAUAUGGAAAUCUAUCCACAGUGGAGCCCUACGUAACGCUGAGCUCAGUGAAAGCGGAGUACAGUCAACACCAACUCAUGCUCAUCUGCAGCAUUUACAACUUCUAUCCAAAGAAAAUCAAGGUAACAUGGCUUAGAGACGGAAAGGAGAUCACAUCUGAUGUGACGUCCACUGAUGAGCUACCGAAUGGGAACUGGCUUUACCAAUAUCACUCCAACCUGGAAUUUACACCCAAACCUGGAGAGAAGAUCAGCUGCAUGGUGGAGCAUGCAAGCCUCAGAGAGCCAAAGAUUUAUAACUGGGAGCCAGAACAUCAUUCUGACAAGAAGGAGCUGGUUAUAGGUACAGCAGGGCUGCUGAUUGGCUUGUUGUUUUCAGUCGCUGGGUUCCUCUAUUACAGGAGGACAGUCAUUGUGCGGGAAAGAGUGUCAACAACUGAGGAUAUUUAUCCAGAAAACAACCUUUAGUUUUGCUGGGGGUGUAUCAGGGACAAGAGACGAUGAGCUUCCCUCACCAUGCAUCAAUGAACUGUUGGAUAAUGAGCCUAACCCCAAGUUAUCUCCCAGUCUGUUUAUUAGUACGGUAUGUUAAUGUCUGAGUGAAAAGAAGUGAAUGAGUCUUGCAGCAUGACACUGCUGUUUUUUUUUUUUUUUUUUUUUUGUUUGUUUUUUCUAUGAAUCAAUAACACAGCUGGAAAAGUUACUCAAGCAGGAUUCUACACAGUUUUUAUCUUAAAAUCUAUACUCUAAAUUUCUACAUUUUUCUUGGAAGUUUCUGCAGUAUUCUGGAAAAUACAGUGCAGUUUAAACUAUUGGUCUUUAUUCCCAUUAACAGUAGCUGGGUCUCAUUCACUGAUGUUUUUGCAUCUAAACUAAAGUAAAUCUGCUCUAUUCCAAAAUAUGAAGCUUUUUUACUUGUUAGGAGAUAAGAAGACUAGUAAGGAACACUGGAUACAGACUUACAGCACAAUUGGUUAACACUGCUAAAAAAAAUAAAACAACUAAACAUUUGCAUUUUAGAGCUUUUGUUCUGCAUUUUGAAUGGCCCUAUGUAAGAGCAAAAACUUGUGCCAAGUCCCAUUUUUUGCUUUAAUUUAUCAUGCAUUAAACUGAAGUAGUAAUGUGCAUCACAAAUCACAGUACAAUUCUAAUACAAUCCAUUGCAUUUAUUAAGUAUGACUAGAUUUCUUUUUUCAUUUUAUAAAAAGGAAAAAAGGUUAAAAGGUGAGCAAAGCGUCAUUUUAAUUUAUUUUAUAUACCUCUUCGUUACUAAAACUGCAUUGGAAUCCAGCUUAAAAAUGUUUUAAUGUAAUAAA